GAAUCAUCCAUCCUCACAUUUUGGUCCACGAGUGGAAGCAUCGAGAAUGUUUCGGUAACUCCGCCUCCGCGGAAUAAAGUGAGCGGCGCGCGAUCAUCAGACAGCAGGUGAACUCGAACCUGUGCACACUUCCAACUGCUUUCAGAAAUACAUGCUUCUAGGAUUUACAUUGUUCUUAUUCUGCUCGGGAAACAUUAAAGGUUCAUCAUCAUCAUGCCUGAGAAAGUUCGUAUCAACAGCGCUGAUGUGAAAUACACUGAGAAACACAUCGAGUCCCGUUACUGUUACCACACUGCGUCUGUGUGUCGAGAUGGAGACGAGUUCACUGUGACGCCGUCCAGCACCGAGUUCUCCUUCCGCACCGAGAGGACGGUGCCCAGGCUGGGUGUGAUGCUGGUGGGAUGGGGUGGGAAUAACGGGACCACGGUCACAGCUGCUGUCCUGGCCAAUAAACUGGGUCUGACCUGGAAAACCAAGACCGGAGUGAAGAAAGCGAAUUACUACGGCUCAUUGCUGGAAUCUUCCACGGUGUGUUUGGGAUCCGGACCUGACGGAGAGGUUUACGUUCCCUUCAGAGAUCUGCUGCCGAUGGUGCAUCCAAAUGACAUCGUUUUUGACGGCUGGGAUAUCUCGUCUCUGGAUCUGGGCGGAGCCAUGGAGCGCGCUCAGGUUCUGGACUGGAGCCUGCAAGAGAAGCUCCGCCCACACAUGAACCAGCUCAAGCCCAGACCAUCCGUCUAUAUCCCAGAAUUCAUUGCUGCGAACCAGGAGCACAGAGCUGACAAUCUCAUCAGAGGAACCAAAGCUGAACAGGUGGCACAGAUCCGCAGAGACAUCUGUGACUUCAGACAGAAGAGCGGCGUCGAUAAAGUCAUCGUUCUCUGGACCGCAAACACCGAGAGAUUCUGUGACGUCAUUCCAGGUGUCAAUGACACUGCGGAGAAUCUGCUGAACACCAUUGAGACGGGAGGGGAAGUGUCUCCUUCCACCAUGUUUGCGGUGGCCAGUAUUCUGGAGGGUUGUGCGUACAUUAACGGAUCCCCGCAGAACACGUUUGUGCCCGGAGCCGUGGAUCUGGCCAUCCAGCGCAGAGUCUUCAUUGGUGGAGACGACUUCAAAUCCGGCCAGACUAAAAUCAAAUCUGUUCUGGUGGACUUCCUGGUCAGUGCGGGAAUCAAGCCCACUUCUAUAGUGAGUUAUAAUCAUCUCGGCAACAACGACGGGCUCAAUCUGUCGGCGCCGCAGCAGCUUCGAUCUAAAGAGAUCUCAAAGAGUAACGUGGUGGAUGAUAUAGUGCGGUCCAACCCGAUACUGUACCAGCCCGGAGAGAAACCUGACCACUGUGUGGUUAUUAAAUAUGUGCCCUAUGUGGGCGACAGCAAGCGUGCGAUGGAUGAGUACACCUCCGAGAUCAUGAUGGGCGGAACCAACACCAUCGCUAUGCACAACACCUGCGAGGACUCUCUGCUGGCCAGUCCCAUCAUCUUGGAUCUGGUGAUCCUGACAGAACUGUGUCAGAGAAUCACAUUCUGCACUCGGGAGGAUCCAGUUUUCCAGAGUUUCCACAGCGUCCUGUCGCUGCUCAGCUUCCUCCUCAAAGCCCCUCUCGUGCCACAGGGGGCGCCGGUGGUCAACGCGUUCUUCCGGCAGCGUGCGUGCAUCGAAAACAUCAUGAGGGCGUGUCUCGGCCUCCCGCCUCAGAAUCACAUGCAGCUGGAACACAAGAUGGAGAAGAGCUUCAUGCAUUCAGAGGAAAACCACAUCCAUCAUCCUGUCCUCAUCAAUGGAAAGAUCGACCACAUCAGUGCUUAUCAGUCGGCCAAAUACAUCGAGAUUAAAAGUCAUGAGAAGAUGCAGCAGCACACAAUCUCAUAAAAGCUUUCAUAGUGGAGCAUGAAAACAAACCAAGAUGUGGAUGUUUACUGCUGAGUGCACUAUUUUAUUGCUUUAUGAUGCAUUUCUUCAGUCUUUUACUAAUGCAUAUUCUUAAGUGAUUUUUGGAUAUGCAUUUGGCAAUGAAAAUAUGAAUGGCUUCUGUUCUUGUUUGUUUAGUGAGUACUGUAUUUCUGGAUGAAAUAUUCAUCUAUGCAUUCUCAAACAUUGACAUUUUUUUCAGGUUUUAUACAUUAAUGCACUGAGUAAUUACUAGUUUUUGUUGGUUUAAGAAGAUGAAGAAAAAAUAGCAUUCCUGAAUAGUGAGAAUUGUUUUUAUUUGGCAAAUAAAUGCACUUAAACACUGAGAAAAUGAA